GUGCUGAAGGAAGAACUCAAAAGCAUCCACGCCUUCUCUCAAAAGACUUUCACUCCGGAGCAGUGGAAGGAGCAAAACAGUUAAUUAGACAUGACAUCAUCACAACCCCCACUAAAGAUUCGCAUUUCCGCCCCUGGGAAAGUCAUACUGCACGGAGAGCACUCUGUUGUUUAUAAUAAGUUAGCUGUUGCCGCUAGUUUGGGAUUGAGGACUCAAUUAGAAUACAGCGAAGAGGUGGAACGACAGAAUGUGGUGGCACUCGACUUCCCAGCAGUUAAUAUGUUACAUUUUUACCACGUGCAGGAUCUUCAAGACUUCAUCGACAAGCCUCUCCCGCUAAUAAAAUCACCUUGUACGUACAAUUUCACCCAUCCCGAACUUCUUGACCAUGAGGAAAUUCUCGCAUCCAUAGCGACCUUCAUCGCUGAAAAGUCCGGUUCUCACCGUCUCGAAGCUAACCAACAACUUGCUUUCACCUCAUUUUUGUAUUUGUUGUGGGCAUUCCUAGGGCCCAUGAACAUCCAACUAACCCAUUUUAAAUUAAGGGUGAAAUCUGAGUUGACUGUGAGCGCUGGGACCGGAAGUUCCGCUUCGUUUGCUGUCGUGAUCGUAGCUUUCUUUCUCCAGUUCAUUCGCUUACGCAAACUUAAACCAAAAGACAAUUACAAAGGGUUCAAUAUUACGAACCCAAAUCUAGAGAGCUUCGAUAAGAAAGAACUGGAAUUGAUAUCGAAAUGGGCUUUUCAGUCAGAGAGGAUCAUACACGGAACACCGUCAGGCGUUGAUAACACGAUUUGUACCUACGGAGGCUUGGUGCAGUUUCGGAAAGGCACCUUGCCGCUAUUAAUCGAGUUGGCAACAAAAUUUACCACGAUUUUAAUUAAUACGAAGUUGCCACGUGAUACAAAGCGAUUGGUUAGCAUGGUGGCUGAAAGGCGCGAAAAAUACAAAUCGAUUAUUGAUGGAAUAUUAAACAGUAUGGAUCAAGUGACAACGAGAGCUCUCCAGUGCAUGCAAAAGAUAAAUACAAAAACGUUAAACGACUUUGAAUUGUUGAACAGUUAUGAAACUUUGGGUGAAUUAACGGAUCUGAAUCAAAAUCUAUUAAGAUGUCUAGGAGUGUCUCACCCAAAGUUAGAUGAAAUUUGCUUUGUGUUAUCGAACAAUGGAUUGCAUGGGAAGCUUACGGGGGCUGGUGGAGGCGGGUAUGCGAUUUGUUUAGUGCCACCACACUUUGAUAAGGUGGUAGUGAAGAAAAUCAUGGAAGAAUUGAAAUUGAAGGAGUUUGAUGCGGUUUUAACAGAUUUGGGGGGUUGUGGUGUCUCAAUUGAUUCACUUUAAAUAUUUUUUUGUAUUUCUUGGUAAAUAAACAUUAUGUAGGUA